CUAGACUUGCUUCCUCCUCCGUAGUAGCUCUUGGCCGUUAACGAACCACAUGUCCAUUGCCUUUACGCGCCAUCUGUGGUACGUUGUCUCUCCCAAACUCGCUCUUUAUACCAAAUCAGUCGUCUGCGAGAAGAAGCUACACUUUUCCGAUUACUCGUGCUCCGGGCAUUUAUUGAGAUAUUGAAUCGGAGAAAUCUUCAGAAAAAAGCAAGAAGAAAGCAUUGUGUGGAAACGGAAAUUUCAAAUGAGGACGGUCAUCUCGCGGUUGAUCCAUUCAAGAUCAUCACUUCCCAGGCCCUUUAUCAUGACUGCACCUAAAAAUGGGAGGUAUUUCUCAAAUGACUUUAAUAAGGUUGAUGAGCCCUUCAAAGUUGAGGAAGCAGAGACUAUUCAAGUCCCCCCUCCUCCAACAGAGAAGUUGCUUGUGUUGGGUGGAAAUGGAUUUGUUGGCUCACAUGUUUGUAAAGAAGCAUUAGAUCGUGGACUGUCUGUUGCUAGCCUGAGCAGUAGCAGGAAUCAUAACUGGGAUUUUCACAAGGCCACUGGUAUCGGAACGUUUAGGUCUGGCAAGUCAAAGUUACAUGAUUCAUGGGCCAACAAUGUGACCUGGUAUCAAGGGAACCUUCUAUCAACUGAUUCAUGGAAGGAUGCUCUCGACGGUGUCACAUCUGUUAUAUCCUGUGUUGGUGGCUUUGGCUCCAAUUCUUACAUGUAUAAGAUUAAUGGGACUGCAAACAUCAAUGCAGUUAGAGCAGCUUCUGAGCAUGGUGUGAAAAGAUUUGUGUAUGUCUCUGCUGCUGAUUUUGGCUUGGCAAAUUACUUGGUGCGAGGAUAUUAUGAGGGGAAGAGAGCUGCUGAAACAGAGAUACUAACCAAAUUCCCUUACGGAGGAGUGAUUUUAAGGCCUGGAUUUAUUUACGGGACUCGAAGUGUUGGGAGCAUAAAGUUACCUCUUGGUGUAAUCGGUUCUCCGCUGGAGAUGUUAUUUCAACAAACAAGACCUCUCAACCAGCUGCCUCUAGUGGGCCCUCUCUUUACACCUCCUGUGAAUGUUACGGCUGUAGCAAAGGUUGCUGUUAGAGCAGCUACUGAUCCCGUCUUCCCUCCUGGGAUUGUUGAUAUCUACGGGAUUCAACGUUAUACUCAGACUCAGCAUAAGUCCAAGUAGAAGUUUUAGAUGUGCUGUUCGCUUCCCUUUUUGUUUGUAUUUGUCACUAACGGAGUGUGAUAUUAAGCUGUCAGAAGUUUUCUAGUUGAGAUUUUCGUUCUUCUCUUAGCAGUCAUGUGAAGAUCUAUUGGAUUUUUUUUACCUUUCUGGUGCAAUCAUUAAUAAAUAUACAUCCACUGAUGAAAUAAAGAAAGGAAGCAUUUGAGAACUGAAACCUCAGGAUUUUAACUGCAACUUGGUGCCUUAUUUUGGGUUUUAUCUUGCUUUAGGUUGGAUGAGACUUCAAGUGCUACUUUGUUGGAUAAGUCAUUAAUAUGUGAUAUGAUGAGUACAUGAAUGCUUAAGAA